AUGAGUGCUGCCGUUCCAGGAAAUCCGGACACUGGACGAAAUCAAGAAAUUACAUCCUUACCCGCCGUUAUUUCUGCACCGACGACAGCUUCUUCCUUUCCAGCUACGUCCAGCUCAGCUGUCGCGACCUCGAAAUCGGCAUUAUUGAAGAUGGGAGACACGCAUGCAUUAAUCAUUGGCACAGUUACUGGUGGCGUGGGGGCAUUAAUAUUGAUUUGCGUGGUGACACUGUGUUUUGUAAACCGGAGAAAGAAGCAACGGAAGGAGAAGAAAGCUGGAGCAGAGCCCGUCUCGUACAUUGGAGUCAACCAGGCCUUUGCCGGAGUUCCUUUUAGACAAUCGCAGCUGAGCAGCCAGCUCUCCCCGAGACCGUUACUCCAGGCCUACCCGAACAGUGCUUUGAGUCCGGGGCUGCGGAGCGACAAACAAUGGCCUUCAUUCCGGGACAACGAGCGCGACGACAUAGCCGACCAGUAUUUUGCAUCACCACUUCCCUCACCAGCACACCCCCCAGACAGCUCACGCGACCACGCCUCAGUACAAGCACGUUCACACUUUGAAAAGCCCACAAACAUAGGCCGGCACUCCCGCUCGAAUAGCACAGGCUCUCAACUCACGCUCCACGAUCUCAGCGAGGCACAUGUCCUAUCUGUACACGGCCCUCUUUCCCCCGGAUUCCAACUUCCAGACUUUGAGUUUCAAAGCCAACGAGACACCAUGGGAACCCAACGAGACACCAUGGGUUUUCCCAUUGACGCCCCCCAGCCAAUUGUUCCCAACCCAGGACAAACCCAACUUAACUCCAUGACGCCUGUACUCCUCGCCCCUAAACCACUGCAUCCGCCCACUUCUCAAGACCCCCUAGAACGAGUUGUCCGGGACCGUACGCUCACAUCAAGUCCUGCGCCGAGCAUAUCUGCAUCAGACCGUGUGCGAGUUCUAAGCACAGAAUUUCGCCAAGAUAGCCCGAUAUUGGGCAUGCAAGGCUCGCAGGUCGUUAUACGAGAGUCAGCGGCACCAAGAGUGCCUUCCGGGCUAGGCUUUGGGCUGGGUGCCGACGAUACUCGGACGACUGUGUCUUACAUAAGCACUAUGAGCCCCGUAGUCCGCGACGGAGAACUGGAGAGUCCACGGAUGGGCGCAAGACCGCAGCCGUUGCAAAUCAAACCGUACCAAGAUGCAAUCUAA